GGAUAUAAGACUGAAGUGAUCGUUUUCGAAUAUUCAAGGUCAAAGUUUUUAAUGAAAAUAGCAGAUGUUGAACAGUGCGCUUUUAAUUCAUGGUAUCACACUUUUGAAUCUUACACUCAAGAAAGUAUAUUUAUAAAUCUCCCAGAUGACCUUAUAGCUUCAUUGACAAAUGACGAAUUCAUUCUCCCUAAAAGUGCAAAACCAACAAACGGACAUCUGUCGGACCUAGACAAUGACGGCAUUUGGUCAGACUAUUCCGAUACUGAUGAAAAGAACUCAGAGAGACCAGAAUUUCCUCAGUUCGAAUCUCAGUUGAAAAGUAUCAUCCGGAAGUUAGGUGGUGUUGUAUUUCCGAAGUUAAAUUGGAGCGCCCCAUCUGAUGCAUCUUGGAUGUCUUUCGAUGGGUCACUGAAGUGCAAAACGUUUUCCGAUAUUUACUUACUCCUUAAAUCUUCAGAUUUCGCAGCACAUGACUUAACUGCUCCUUUCGCUCUGUGUACAGAUACUCCAGCAGAGAAAAAUUGCUGUCUUUUCAAUUCCAAACCGAUUCUUGUUCUACGAAGGUGGUAUGACUUUCGUCCUGAGGAAGAAUUCCGAUGUUUCAUUAAAUCAAAAGUCCUUAUUGCAAUUUCCCAACGAAAAUGUGAUGCCUAUUUCAAAAUAAUUGAAGAACAGAUAGAAAACAUCAAAUACGACCUUGUGGAAUUCUUUAAUCGAAAAAUAAGAAAUCAUUUCAAAUCAGAAAACUAUACAGUUGACUUAUACAGGGAAUCAUCGGACGAUGGUAAAAUGCGUAUUCAAAUAAUUGAUUUCAAUGUAUUUGGUCCACCAACUGAAGCACUUUUAUUUCAGUGGUCGGAAUUGGAAAAUGAUGUACAUGAAAAUGAUACUAUUCCGUUAUUUCGCUACCAAAGUGACCAAAAUAUCCGUCCAAAUUCAGUGAAUCAAUACAGCGUGCCAAUCGAUUUGAUCGAUAUUGCUUCAGGAUCUGAUCCCGUUAAGGUGAUGGAUUUCAUUCAAGCUAAAGUAGAAAGUCAGAAACAGUCGUGAAAUUGUAUUUUCUAUGUAUCUGUUAUUUUUCAAUAUUUCGAAUAAAAAAAUACAUUUUUCUUAGAUCAAGCUGGUAAUUAUUUUUCUUUUCUUCGAAGUUUUUGAAACCUUAGAAGGCUUUUUCCUAGCUGGCGACUGUUGCUUUGAACUAUAUUUCUGUGCAAUCUUAUCCAGAAAGUUUUCUGAUGAUUUUAAUGCAUUUUCAUGUCGUGCUUGAAUUGCCUUAGCUAAUGUAUCCAAAUCUUCGUUAACAUCAACUAUCUGUUUUUUGUUUUUAUUGUUCUGUUCCUUUGCAAACAACUUUUCUUCCUCUAGUGCUCGUUUAGCUCUUCUCUUUGCUUUUUCAGGUCUUUCAUGUGUGUACUUCGUAUAUGCAUCAAUUUUACCACUAGAUAUCAAUUUAUCAAUAAGACCGCGAACUCGACUUUCAUCUCGAUAUGACGUGAGCAUUAAAGACUCCAUUAUAAUAUCCAUAUCACCUUUAGAACGAUUGUAGAUCUUGAUCAAAUCUUCCGUUUCCUGUUCACUUCCUUUAUACUUUUUACAAUAGUCAUCUAUUUGUGCAGUUGUGAUUUUAGGAAACAAAAGUUGCCAGUAUUUAACCCAAUCAUCAUAUGAUUUGCCUGUAAUCUCAUCGUCUUCAUCGAUAACACCUACAAAUUAAGAUUAUUCGAUUUUUAUAAAUCGAG